AUAGUGUUAUGUUGUAUUUUGCGGGGCAGGGUGAAAUCAAAUACUUGUAGCAGGCAUCGCACUCUGAGAAUAGCAGCAUGAGAGGAUCUGUCUGUACACACACAGCACCACUGUAUUAUAGAAGUGCUGUGUUAGAGCAGCGAUGUGGAGCUGUUUACAGAUGUUCAUCCCUAAAUCCGCAAGAAAGAAUUGAAUGUGGGAAUCCAAGGAUUACAAAAGAGGAUUGUAAUAGCAAAGGAUGCUGCUUUGAUUCAUAUACACCAAGCAACAUCGUCUGCUUCAAGCCAACUCUCAUUAGAACAGAAGGAGGUGCGAAUGCAGUGAUAGUUAAUCCUCAACCAGCCAUUCAAGUUAUACAUAAAUGGGUCCCAGCAGAAAGGAAAUCUCCAUGUCAAAUAUGUAAAGAAGAGAAAGCAAACAAGGAAUCGCCUGGUUUGAUUAAAUCUGUAUUAAAUAUUUUUAUUGGGGAAUCUGAAUCUGAAGCUUGUGCUCAGUGCAGGCAAGAGGUUGGAUUAAGCAAAGAUACAUCAAUAUUUGGCUCAUUCUUAAGUUAAUCCCAAGAUAUUAACAGAAACACUAGGAUGGAUGCAGCUGCUAUAUUCAAACAUAACUGACGCAAAUUCCAGAGUUGUUCAGGUCACAGGACCGUGGUGUAUCUGAUAUCAGUAUAAAGAAUUAAAAUAAACUAAAAAAAAAACCA